AUGAAGCUUCUCGUAGUCCUUGGUGUCUUCUCCAUUCUCUGUGCUCAAAUUGUCGAUUCUGCUCAUGUUUCGGAACAGGACAAGAAAGCGGCCAUUAAAUUUUACAAUAGAGCCCGUAACAACUUUGCAAAGGAAGUUCCGGUGGCCAAUAUGAAUGAGAUUGUGUACGACGACUCUCUCGAAAACAAGUAUCCGAUAUGCGAACAUGCUUUGCAACUUGAAAAACAAGACUCCCGUGUUCAAGUAUUCCAUCGCCUCGACUUCACCGGCCCUGAUUCCUCAGGUAUAUAUACACACGAAGAGGCGAAGAAACUGGCAAUGGAAACUGGUGAAAAAAAAGUUCGAGAUGAGAUAUGGUUUCUCAACCCUUCCCAUACUCGACUCGCAUGCCACUUAUUUGAAAAACCUUGCCCUAAAAAAGAAAAUCUAAAAGGGCUGUGCAUUUUUGCAGGGUCCGAAAAUGUUCCGCCAAUGAGUAAAUUAAUAAAAGGAGAACCUGGAUCAAAAUGCCCGAAUGGAAAGUCUGAGAAGUGGGAGAAUCUGUGUAAAACAUCGAUUUCGUCUACAAUCUCUUAUCUUGGCUCCGUUCUCUUUUUCGUGAUCUUCAUGAGUUUCUAUUGA